AUGGCUUCAUUUAAUUCAUUCGUCAAGUCGACCGUUUCCUCGGGCGUGUACGCCACCCCGCGCCGCCGUCUUCGCAUCGCCCCGAAAAUGUCGACGUUUUCCGCGUCGUGCGAUGCUGUCGAUGCAAAGUCGCAUCCGCCAGACGAGUCGGCUGGGCUGAGCGGCCCAUCCAGCGAGCGAGUCGGCGGACGAUCAUCAGCGGCACAGCCGCCCUUCGUCGCUCGCCCGGCAUCAUCCAGCAGACGUGUUGAAUCAUCGUCAACGCCUCUAGCAGGUGGUGCGGCAGUGGCGGCAUUGUCGGCAUUGUCGCAGCAGCAGCCGCCGGCGCUCCAGUCGCAGCGCUCCGUCCUCGUUGUCGGCGCCUCUCAGCCAUCGGAGGCCGCCAACCAGCCCAACCCCCAGUCUCAAUCCCAGUCUCACUCCCAGUCAGCAGCAGCAGCAGCAGCAGCAGCAGCGGUGCCUCUGCAAACGCUUGUCUUUCUAUGCGGUCCACCCUGCUCGGGAAAAUCCUUCUACAUGCUCAACUCGCCGGAACUCAUCUCACACGUACGACUCUCGCGUCGAGAUCACUUUCGGUGCAAUCCGAGAGCGGGAUUGCGCACGUUUGCCAUUGCGAUGAGGCAAUUGCUUGUUGCAGGUCACAAUGUCCUCAUUGACGACGAUAACGGCAGCCUGGAGACUCGACAAGAGCUCAUCGAACAGGCACGCACUGCAGUCCCGACCAUCGAAGUGCAUUGCAUCGUGUUUCGCCCGCGUGGUGCACAGUUGCAAUGCAGAUGGGCGCGAGAAUGGGCACGGGCAGAGCUGACCUUGUACACUCCCGCUGAAAUCAUCAAGGCACACCAACUCCACCUGCUUCAGGCAGGCUUGCAGCCCGUCACGCCAGCUGCGAGCAGCGGGAGCUACAGCAGUGGGCGCGCUCGAGCUGGUCGUGCACCCAUCGUCUACCCUCUGAUUACGCCAGCUCCACAGCGUGCCAUGCCCGAGAAAGAGUUUUUAGCAGAGCUCCAUCGGUGGCGUAACAUUUGCUUCCAGCACAACGCCGCAGUUGAUGCGGGACCAUCAACGUCAGGGUCGCUCCCAGCCGGUCGAGCUCCACUCACGCGGCGUCAGACAACCGCGUCGUUUGUGCCGACAGCCGAGGCGUACACCCGUCCUGUGGCCGAUCGCAAUCAAACUCCCGCUUCCAUCAACGUUGUGCACGAGCUGGUUGUGCCACUGACCUGCAACACCGAGCUGGGGCCGUUCGACAUCCCCUGUCUGGUUAUUGAAUUUGAGCGUGCGCGCAUUUUCAGCGCAACCAAACGGCGAUGGGAGUUAAAGCCAGAACUCGUCCAAGCGCUGCAGGGGUGGUCUGCCGCACAAGAGCGAAAUCGCACUUGCGGCAGAAUCGUCUUUACUGCGAGCUACCAGGACCGACCACCAACCCUUCCCAACCGAGCCCGGCCUGACGACCCGGCCACCGUCACAGAGAUGGAUAUGACAGCAUUGCUGCCCGAUGAGCUGGGCGAUGCGAAACCGCGCGCCUCGAAAUCAAACGAUGGCGACGACCCGGAUGUUCAAAUCAUGCCCCAAACGGCUGAAGAGAGCCUGGCAACCAUGCAUGUCAUGGCUGCAAUCGUCUCUGCCCUCCAGCCGCUCACCAAAAGCAGAGCCAACUCGGCCUCCAGCGCCCUCAGUGUACCCGUCUAUCUCUUGCUAGUCACCAGCGAAAAUGCUGGCUCGACCUUCUUCCCGACACUUGGGAGCGCUGGCGGCAACCCAAGUGGCAGUGCCGCUUUGCUUCAAACAACUGCGUCUCCAACAGGACACAUUGCAUGGCUCCAGCGGCGGCACCGCUUCAACCUCAUGGAUGCCGCCUCGCUCUAUGUUUGCUCCAAUGCUGGGCUUGCAGCAGCGGCGAGAGACGCAUGUGUGCGGCGCGUCGACAUGGAUGUCAUUCUGGCCGAGCCUGAGCGCAUCACGGCCGUGCGCUCGCUGCCCACGCAGCUGGACUUUCUGGAAACGUGCGACUUUGGUGCGGUUGUCUCACCGGCGUCACUCCAGAGGCAGCUGGCUAUGCUUGAGCUCCGGGAUGCUGGUGAUGUGCCGCGAUGGCCGGAAGUGUCGACGGCCGACGAGCAGGACGAGGUGCCGUUGGCGGAGGCUUACUUGCCGACACAGCCCGGUCGUCCGCGACAUCGCGCGCGUGCCGUCGAGCUGAAACUGGAAGGGCAGGAUGCCCUGGCACCGCACGCCACGGUAAUGUGCGACCUGGGCACAGAGGGGUUUGUCCAUUGUAUGCUGCCGUUUUCUGCAGCCCGUGUUGAGCAAUUUCGCGCCGAUUUGCGCCAGCGCCAUCUCCCGCUCCGCGCGAAACGACUCCAACUGCGGGAAGCAGCCGUCAGCUCUGGGAGUUUUGCCUCGUCGUCUCAGCCAAACCAUGCCCUUUCCCGCAGUUCAAGCAUCGCCCCCAGUGCCUCUCAACUGUUUCCAGCAGGUGCAGAGGGCCAGACCAUUUCGUACGAAGGAGAUUCGCUCAAGCACCAUGUCCCACAAGAACGGGGAGAGCCUCCACUCCAACAACAGCUUGUUAGCACAGCAGCUGGGACGCAGCUGCCCGAAGCAGUUCCCUCCUCGCUUCCCGAUGUGACCGAUCGAGUCGAGUUCCUUCAGCAGACGUCGGCUGCUUCGUGGCAGCGGCAGCCGUCUCGACCUCAGCUCACGGCGUCGCAGAUUCGAUUGCAACAACAGUCCCAACCGUCAAAGUUUGGCCUGAAGAGAAAUACCAGCGUUUCUGCUGCUGCAAUCGAUGUCAGCCAUCUGACAGGCCCGGCUUUCGACCCGCCGCUUGAUCUGGAAGAGAUUGAAUCGUAUGCCUUUCCAAAAGUGUUUUCCAAUGGAUCCCGCAUGCACGAAACAGACAUGCUGGACAGUUCACACUUUCCGCGGCCCCGGAUCCGCAAUACGCCGAGCGGGCAUGUGGAAAUAUUCGAUGAGUGUCGUGGAGAGCAAGAGCAGCACUACCACGUUGCAGUGCAACUCAAUCGAUCGGGGAUUUCGGCAAGCCAGUGUCAAUGCGCCUUCAAGUUGAAGUUGGCGGACAGUCCAAGCGAGAGGAUGACUGGAUGCAAACACAUUGUUGCACUGCUCUUGCGAUACCUGUAUGCGCACGAGGACUUUGAAUUUUGUCGCCACGGGGACGGUGCAGCUGGUACAGACCUGGCUCCCGCGCCGGCCCAGUUGCCGUCUGGAGCUACACCUCCUGCCACUGCUUCCCCUGCUUUGAAUGCUUCGAACGCAUUCGCUGUGUCUGCUGCUGCAUCUGCUGCUGCUUCUGCUGUUGCUUCUGCUGCUGCCUCUUCCACUGCCGCUGGCAUCUCAGCCCCGCCCCUUGCCACUCGCGUGUUCUCCAUCGCAGCCAGCAGCAGCAGCAUUCAAGUCGAUCACGAAGUCACACUUGGAGUGCGAGCUGUCUCUCCGAGCCUCAGCAGUCAACGUCCCGUAAUGCCGCAACCACCACUCCAACCGGUCGCUGCGACGUCAUUGCAACCUCCGCAGGCCUCCCAGCAGCCCGUUGUAACGCCCCACUCCUUUCUGCAGCAGCAGACGGCAGUGUCUGUUCCAGGGUCGCAGCCGCAACCCUCGCGCGCAAACUCUGCCACUCGACGUGCCACACGGCUUCUCACGCCCCAAUCGCUGCUGCAAACCUGCCAAUUGUUGUUGAAACAGUGUGAUUUGAUGCACGAGGCAGUCGAAGACAUUACGGCGAUGAGCAUCCUGGAAAAGGCCGGCGCCGCUUCCGCUCCAACGCCUCGGGCCAAACCUCCAGCCAAGACAAUCGAGUCGUACAUGGUCACGUCCGCUUCCAAGGCUCCGAAUCGAGCCUCGCCCAGUCUGCAGUCGGAGCCUGCAACUCGAGUGGAAGACACGGCAGUUGCACCUCGGCCACGCAGGCGGCCUGCUGAAGUCGCAACAACCAAAGUGCCUUCAAAGCGACAACGGAUGGAGCAGCCAGAGCAAGAUCAAGCACGCGAGGCAGCACAACAGGACAUACCCCAAGCAGCGGUUGCAGCGGCACCAGCCACGGCUACGGCGCUUCCCAAACCACACGCAGCAUCGCAGCAGCAGCAGCAGCACCCAUCCGUUCCAACAGUGCCAGCUCCUGCCUCCAUUGCAGCGCCCAAGCUACAUGCCUAUCUCGCUGAUUUAUUUUGAUCAUUUUUUCAUUGUAAUAACCACUACUGUACUGUACCAUGUUUGCGGCCGGUGUUAAGAAAAAAAAAACGCAGA